UUUUAAUUAUUUUAUUUAUUUAUUUAUUGAGGACGAUGAUGGAAGACAGGAAGACCAUGGCCAUAUAUCAAUAGGGUAUAUACAGAUAUCAGUAGAGCAAAGAAUAGAAAAGGGUUGAGAAGAUCAUUACAGUCACUUGUCGUUUGCAGUUUGAAGAUUGGAGAAUAGAGAGAGAUAAAAAUGGAGGUGGGGUUCUUGGGUCUGGGAAUAAUGGGAAAGGCCAUGUCCAUCAAUCUCAUCCGGAGUGGCUUCAAGCUCACUGUUUGGAACAGAACCCUCUCCAAGUGUGAUGAACUUGUGGAGCUUGGCGCUUCAAUUGGAGAAACUCCUGCAGCAGUAGUUAAGAAGUGCAAGUAUACCAUUGCAAUGUUGUCUGAUCCUUCUGUUGCUCUUUCGGUGGUUUUUGACAAAGAUGGUGUUCUUGAACAAAUUUGCCACGGAAAAGGUUACAUUGACAUGUCAACUGUUGAUGCCGACACUUCUUCAAAAAUUAGUGAGGCAAUUACAUCAAAGGGUGGUUCUUUCCUUGAAGCUCCAGUUUCUGGAAGUAAGAAACCUGCAGAAGAUGGUCAACUGGUAAUUCUUGCUGCUGGGGAGAAGGCAUUGUACGAUGAAGCGAUUCCUGCUUUUGAUAUCAUGGGGAAGAAGUCUUUUUUCUUGGGGCAGGUUGGAAAUGGAGCUAAAAUGAAACUUGUGGUCAACAUGAUAAUGGGCAGUAUGAUGAAUGCAUUUUCUGAAGGGCUUGUAUUGGCUGACAGAAGUGGACUGAACCCUCAUACUCUUCUUGAUGUAUUGGACCUGGGUGGAAUUGCUAAUCCAAUGUUUAGGUUGAAAGGACCCACAAUGAUACAAAACAAUUACUCCCCUGCAUUUCCUCUGAAGCAUCAGCAGAAGGAUAUGAGGUUGGCUCUUGCUCUUGGGGAUGAAAAUGCGGUAUCCAUGCCAGUAGCAGCUGCUGCCAAUGAGGCUUUCAAGAAAGCUAGGAGCCUGGGAUUGGGGGACCUUGACUUUUCUGCUGUGUAUGAGACCGUGAAGACCCUUGAACAUUCAUCCUGAUACAGUACAUAUGCUCAAGGCCUUGAACCGCAACAGGGCACAAUCAUCCUUGGUGAUUUGGGAAGUGAAGGAUUUGUGGUCUAGUUAAUGACUAAAAUUAUGCAUAUGAAUUCUCUGUUUGUAAAAACUAGUUCAUUGUGAGGAACAAGAAGUUCUGGUGUUGCCAGAUUGUUUGUAUACUCGGUCCAUCACCAAGGAAGGAGCUCUUUUGAAAGUGACAACAGUGAAAAUAUCAUACCAGGCUUUGUCGUUUUUUGUUGCACAUUUCUGUAAGGGAACCAUCCAACAUAGCCCAUUAUCCUGAGCGACACAUUAUUAGUGGAACUGAGUUUAUCGAUUGGCCUAAAUAUGUCUGACCAAGAUUCUUCUUAAGUUUUGAAUGAAAAAUCUGGCUUGUAUGAA